AUGGCUGAUGUGAGCUGGUAUUGGAGGAAGUUGGUGCAUCUGAGAUCCUUUCUGACCAGAGGUACUUUGGAGGCUGCGGUUUCAGGUAGGAAGCUUCAGUUGAAUCAUCUGUAUAUGCUGCUGCUUCAGCAGAGUAAAGUGAGGUUUGCCAAAGUGGUUUGGUACAGUUUGUCUCUUCCGAAACAUAGAUUUGUUCUCUGGCAGUAUGUCCUUGGUCACCUUCUGACCCGAGACAAUCUUCUUCUUCGGCAGAUCCCUCUUGAUUCUCCCUUAUGCCCAAUUUUGAAUAAGAUUGCUGAUUGGUUAGGAAUUGCUAUAUGGCCUUCCAAAUUCUGUGAAUGGAUUGCUUGGAUGGAUGGGAAGCCUAAAAGUCUAUUUCAGCGAAUCUUGGCCGCUGCACUUGCUACUGCUAUCUAUUUCAUAUGGCUGAAUCGUAACUCAUGUAUUUUUAAUCACGCAGCUAUUUCUAGUAAUAGAAUUCUUUGUCUGAUUAAGGCUAGCUUAAAGGCUAAAUUGUUGGGUUUUGCUAGGAAGAAGUUUGGAAUUCUUGAGAAGACUCUUCUUGAUUCUAUGAAUCAGUUGUAA